AUGCUGGGUCCGGCAACCUGGCUGGUGGCACUGCUGCCGUUCGCGGUCGGACAAGACGAUGCCCUCGGGCUCGGAAACGGCUAUCUGACAUUCAAAACGCGCAACUUUGACAUCCAGCUCGGCAGCGACUCACAGAUCUUAGCGUCCCUCAAACCAUCUGGCAGCUCAUUCGACUUCUUGCCGUUCGACUAUCUCAACCGGCGCGCCCGAAACGGGCAGUACCACUGGGGCGACAUCACGUACCGGUACCGACAAGCUGGGAGCAGCUCCGGAGCAUGGACCGAUGGCGACUCGUCCGCGGCACGGAAGCCCGUGACGGGCACCCGCAGUGGAGCAUCGGAUGUCUUGGCGGGCGCAUUGCUGGGGCCGACGCUGCCAAGUGGCGCGCCGUUGAAUGUCACGAGAGAGUGGAUUGACGUCGAUGGUGACCUGGGCUUGCACUUCACUAUAUCCAACGUUGGAACCGACGACCUUGAGAUUGGUAGCCUCGGGUUUCCGGCCGAAUUCAACAGCAUCUUUACCGAUCGCUCGGCCGAGGACAUCCAAGCCAAAUGCUCCCUGUCAGACCCAUACAUCGGCAUGGACGCCGGAUACAUCCGAGUCGCACCUGUCAGCGGUGUCGGCCCGGCCCUUGUGGUCACUCCCAUUGCGGACACCCCGCUCGAGGCCUACCGUAACCUCGUCGAGGGGAGCUAUGCGGGGACGUACUAUGGCAGUCAGACCUUUGAAGGGUUCUACGAGUGGCAGGUUCUGAGUAAAGCGUGGGCCGAGAAGGAAUGGAAGACCUCGCAGCCCUGGAACCCGCCAUCGUCUCGCAUCAUUAGAAAAGGAGAGUCAACCAAAUUCGGGCUAAGGUUCUCCCUCGCCAGAGAUGGAGUUCGGGGCAUCGACAAAGCAGUCCAAGACACAGGCACGCCUGUAGCGGUUGGGGUUCCGGGUUAUAUCAUCCCUCAAGAUGGCCAGGCGCAACUGUUGCUCAGGAGUGACGUACAAGUCGCGUCCAUCACCUCUGACCCGGCAUCAGCCCUGACAGCUACGCAAAUCUCACCCGGCCUUUUUCAGAUCAAUCCUUCGCCUUCAGCAUGGGGCCGCGCACGCCUGACAAUCACCUACUCGGACAGGCGCACCCAAGCAGUCCACUACUUCAUCACCAAGCCAGCGACCAAAGCCCUCUCUGACCUGGGACACUUCCUUACUACGGCGCAAUACUUCACCGACGCCUCGGAUCCCUUCGGGCGUGCGCCCUCUGUCCUGACCUACGACCACGACGUGGGGCAGAUAGUCACCCAGGACAACCGCGUCUGGAUCGCCGGCUUGAGCGACGAAGGCGGCGCGGGGUCCUUCCUCGCUGCCGCGAUGAAGCAAGCCGCCCUGCCCGCCGCAGACGAGAUCGCCAAGCUCGAGGCCUUUGUCGACGGGGUCCUCUGGAAGACGAUUCAGACGUCCGACUACGCCGUGCGCAAGAGCAUCUUCUUUUAUGAGCCCAGUGUCGUCUCUGGGUACCCUUACAGGGGCGAUAUCGACUGGACGGGAUGGUGGUCGUGGAACAGGCAGAAUGCAUACGCUAUCGAUCGCGCAUAUGACUACGUCCACGUCACGGCGACGUACUGGGCUUUGUACCGCGUGGCUAGGGCGUACCCCGAUCUCACCAAGGCUCAUGCAUGGGACUGGUAUCUUAACCAGGCAUAUCAGACUGUGAUGAGGUGCAUGCAGACAGAUAGCCAAGGCAACUUGAUUGUCGGGUAUGCUACCGAGGGUUUGAUGGGGGAGACUGUCUUUGGCGAGCUGUUGACAGAUCUGAAGCGUGAGGGACAGCAUGACAAGGCCGACGCCCUGUCGUCGAAGAUGCGCAAGCGUGCUGACCGGUGGAAAGGGAUGGCUGUGCCCUUCGGGAGUGAGAUGGCGUGGGACUCUACUGGCCAGGAGGGCGUGUACUACUGGGCCAAUUACUUUGGCGAUACGAGCACGGCAAGCAAGGCUGUCGGGACUGUGCUCGGAUUCUCGCCGACGGUAGCCCACUGGGGGUGGAACGGGAACGCCCGACGGUACUGGGAUAACGUUUACGGUGGCAAACUCCGCCGCAUCGAGCGCCAGAUUCAUCACUACGGCUCCGGCCUCAACGCACUGGUUGCCCUGUCCGCGUACCGCAGCAAUCCCUCCGACUCAUACCUCUUGCGGAUCGGGUACGGCGGGAUGAAUGGCCCGCUGUCCAAUAUUCAUGACGAUGGUUUUGCAGCCGCGUCGUUCCAUUCAUGGCCGGAAACGCUACAAUGGGACGGGUACAGUGGAGAUUAUGGCCCUGGGUUCCUGGGUCUCGUCCUUGGCUCCGCCACGUACCUUGUCGACGAUGCGGAGUUGGGGAGCUUGGCAGCCUACGGCGGCAUCUUAACAGGGACAGAAGGUGAAGCAAAGGUUGUGACGACUGAUGCGGUGCGGAGAAAGAUCUUCGUUGGACCUCUAGCCCUGACAGUGUCGGUGGACGCGGGGAUCAUCCAAGAAUUCACUUACAACGCGAGCUCCAAGAGUGUCAAGGUCACGUUAUCGCAACUCAGCUCAGGUCCCAAAGCCAAGUCGGCGAUCGUGUGGGUCGAAGGGAAUUUCGCAGUGCGUACACCGGGCCUCAAACAAUCGCGGCAAGGGUGGGAAGUUCCUCUCGGCGGCAGCCCUGCGGAGAUUGACAUCGGUCCAUCGUGA